GCUAGGCAGCCCAUUGGGCCGUCUGGGCGCCGUGCAUCCUGGGAUUUAUAGUUUGCAGCUCCCUCUUCCAGACUACAAGCUCCACAGAGCCGCGGGAGGACGGUUGCCUGGUAUUAGCAAGAGGCAAUUAUGGCGGUGGCGCGCGUGGACGCGGCUUUGCCUCUUGGAGAAGGAUCAGUGGUCAAUUGGUCAGGGCAAGGACUGCAGAAAUUAGGUCCAAAUUUACCUUGUGAAGCUGAUAUUCACACUUUGAUUUUGGAUAAAAAUCAGAUCAUUAAAUUGGAAAAUCUGGAGAAAUGCAAACGCUUAAUACAGUUAUCAGUGGCUAAUAAUCGGCUGGUACGUAUGAUGGGUGUGGCAAAACUGACUCAACUCCGUGUACUGAAUUUACCUCAUAAUAGCAUUGGCUAUGUGGAAGGACUAAAGGAACUAGUACAUUUGGAAUGGCUGAAUUUGGCAGGAAAUAAUCUUAAGGCCAUGGAACAGAUCAAUUGCUGCACAGCUCUACAUCACCUUGAUUUAUCAGACAACAACAUACCCCAAAUAGGUGAUCUGUCAAAAUUGGUAUCCCUGAAGACCCUGCUUUUACAUGGAAACAUCAUCACCUCUCUUAGAAUGGCACCUGCUUAUCUACCCAGAAGUCUUGCUAUACUUUCUUUGGCAGAAAAUGAAAUCCGAGACUUAAAUGAGAUCUCUUUUUUGACAUCCUUAACUGAAUUGGAACAGUUGUCGAUCAUGAACAAUCCUUGUGUGAUGGCAACACCUUCCAUUCCUGGGUUUGACUAUCGGCCAUACAUUGUCAGCUGGUGCUUAAACCUCAGAGUCCUAGAUGGAUACGUGAUUUCUCAAAAGGAAAGUUUGAAAGCUGAAUGGCUGUAUAGUCAAGGCAAGGGGAGAGCAUAUCGGCCUGGCCAGCACAUCCAGCUUGUCCAGUAUCUGGCUACAGUCUGUCCUCUCACUUCUACACUGGGUCUUCAAACUGCAGAGGAUGCCAAACUAGAGAAGAUUCUGAGCAAACAGAGGUUUCAUCAGAGACAGUUAAUGAACCAAAGCCAAAAAGAAGAGUUGUGUCCUCUGGCUCCUACUGAAACAAGGGCACCCCUUAUACCUGAGCAUUCAAGCCCUACUCAAGAUUGCCAGAUAGUUCAAGAAAGUGAACCUGUCAUCCAAGUCAAUUCUUGGGUUGGGAUAAGCAGUAAUGAUGAUCAGUUAUAUGCUGUUAAGAAUAAUUUUCCAGCCUCUGUACACACUACAAGAUAUUCUCGAAAUGACCUGCACCUGGAAGAUAUACAGACAGAUGAGGACAAGUUGAAUUGUAGUCUUCUCUCUUCAGAGUCUACUUUUAUGCCAGUUGCAUCAGGACUAUCUCCAGUAUCACCUACAGUUGAGCUGAGGCUGCAGGGCAUUAACAUGGGCCUAGAAGAUGAUGGUGUUGCAGAUGAAUCUGUGAAAGGGCUGGAAAACCAGCUCUUGAAUAAGGAAGAAGAAAAGGCUUUAUGGACUGCAAAUGAGAAUUCUGUUCAAAUGAAAAGUGAGAUCAUUAUGGAGAUAAAUGAGAAAGCUGGGCUAUUACCUUGUCCAGAGCCAACAAUAAUCUGCACUAUCUUGAAGGAUGAUAACCAGAGUCUUACAUCUUUUCCUGAGACAGCUGAACACGAUGUCUCUAAUACACAGCCAGAUGAUCAAGAAACCAUGUCUCAAACAGCUUCAGAGAAACUUCCCUGUAUGAUUGUAACCCAGAGAUCUGUUGCUUUGGAACAUGAUAAAGUUGCCCUUCAGAAAUUGAAUGAAGCAGCCACCAAGCUUCAGGCCUGUUGGCGGGGCUUUUAUGCCAGGAACUACAACCCUCAAGCCAAAGAUGUGCGUUAUGAAAUCCGGCUGCGCAGAAUGCAGGAGCACAUUGUCUGCUUAACUGAUGAAAUAAGGAGAUUAAGAAAAGAAAGAGAUGAUGAACGUGUUAAAAAAUUUGUGCAAGAAGAGGCUGUCAAAUUCCUUUGGAACCAGGUGAGGUCUCUACAAGCUUGGCAAGAGACAGUGGACCAGCGUCUAAGUUCCUGGCAUACUGAUGUACCUCCUUUAUCAAGUACUCUGGCACCAUCUGAACCUCCAUUAUUUACUCAAAGUCAGGAACCAUCUUCUGAUAAAAAUACUGAUUGGUUCAUUGCUCCUGAUGAAGCUCCUCAAGAGAAAUCAUUUCCAGAAUUUCCAGACUCUGGUUUUCAUUCCUCCUUAACAGAACAAGUUCACUGUUUGCAGGAUUCUUUGGAUUUUGAAAAAAGUUCCACAGAAGGCAGUGAAAGCUCCAUAAUGGGGAAUUCCAUUGACACAGUCAAAUAUGGCAAAGAGUCAGAUUUAGGGGAUAUUAGUGAAGAACAUGGUGAAUGGAAUAAGGAAAGUUCAAAUAAUGAGCAGGAUAAUAGUCUGCUUGAACAAUAUUUAACUUCAGUUCAACAGCUAGAAGAGGCUGAUGAGAGGACAAACUUUGAGGAAGGCUCAGGAGAUGGUAAGCAUCACAUGGCUUUUUCCCUGGAAAAGUUAGAUACCUUGUCUGUCAGUGCUUCUGCAGAUGAGACUCAUGGCAUAUCUCCUACCUUGCAAGAUGAAAUCAGCCAGACAUCAGAGAAUUGUAAAUUAAAUACAGAAGUUCAAGGGCAGCAGCCAGAAUGUGAUUCUACAUUUCAGGUAUUGCAUGUUGGUGUUACUGUGUAGUGUAUCUGGUCUCUUGGGAAGCUGAAAUUACUUAACUUUUCUUAAAAAUAUUUUCAGUUGCCUUUUUUUUGAAUGGAAGUUCUCCCCCUCUCCCAUUUUGUUACUAUUUAUAUAGAAUUUAUAUUUUUGUCUCAUAUUUUCCAGAUUCUAGAUAUUGAACUGAGUCUUCAUUUUGGUUUUGCUAGCUUUUUGCUUAGCGAUAAUGUACCAAACUAUGUAUAUUGAAAGCUAUAUGCACUUUAUUUCUUAACAACUGAAUUGCAUCAACAAUGUUCCCAUUUCUUUCAUUUAUUCAUUUCCUUUAAAAAAUAAACUGGAAUAUCAAUUCCAGGAGUUUCUUGGGAAAAAAAAAAAAGAAAAAAUAAACUGGAAUAUAUUAAAGAAAACAGAAAUUUAUCUUAAAGAUAUAAAUAAGAGUGUUUUGAUUCUUCUAUAUCUGAGGAAAUUAAUUAUAUGGUAAUAAUGCAAUUUGUUAAAGAAAAUAUAAAUGAUAAAUACGAGGACUGUGAAUUAUUAGAAUUUUCUGGUCUCCUUGGAAUAAGAAUAUAUUUUUAAGACUUUUUCCCCCCUCCCAUCAAAUCAGAGAAAGCCUUUAUAUAAGCAAAUUUAGGAAGAAAAGAUUAUAGGAUUUCUCAGUGGGGAUGAUUAAAUUGUCUUAUGGAAAACUUUAGUUAAUGUCAUGUAUCAGUUUUAAUGUAUGAAGAAGUAAAGUGUUCCAUCCAGGAUUAAAAUCAACCUUUCUUAGGCAAAGCAAUAUUUCAUUUAGAUAGGAAGAAAGGAGAUACUAUAGCCACUUGGAAUAAUGUCACAGCAUACAUUUAUGUUUUUCAGCAAGUGCUUUCUUACCCUAUAUUAAACAUUUAUGUGCCAAUAUAUUGUCAGAAAUUAAUGUAUGUUAAUCAUCUAUGUUCUGCUUAUAUUAUGUAUUUCAGCAGAAGUUCCAUGGCCAUUCACUUCACUUUUGACCUCUGCCCCAUAGUGGUGAACAUUUAAAGUAAUACUAGUGGUAGAAUAUGAUGAGUUUUUUUAAAACUAUUUUCUAUAUAAUCUCUGAAAAAGUGCCACAUUGGAAGACAGUUUAAUGGUGGUUAAGAAAAAUAAACUUCACUUACUUAUUAAAAAUAAUAUAUAUCUGUAACUUUAGGAAGAAAUAAGAUUGGGUUUGAAUGUUGUAGGUAGAUGCAUAUCUAAAUAAAGGAUAAUUUUGGAAGUUUGGUUUUUUAAUCUUUGAGAAUGUUCUAAUAUCAUUGAACAACACCUAUUUGAUUUUCCCCACCUACAGACAUACAGCUGUUUACAACUAUGGCAAUACUUUAAGUGUUCUCUAAAUUUAGGUGCUAAAUAUUUAUUCAUUAUUCUGUUAUAAUCAUUGGGUCCCCUUCUUUGAAGUUAUAUAAAAUAUAAACUUCUUAUCCUUCAAGAAUAAAGUAGAGGAUCACAUGGUGCAUGGUAUUUGUUGAUAGUCAUAAACAUUUCUCUAGUAUGGUAAGAUGUAUUUUUCUUGGUUUAUAGAUAUGUAGCACUCAGGUUGAGAAGACUUGGAUUUCAUUCUCAGAAAUUUAGAAUCUCUUGAAAAAGAAAUGUUUUCUAUCUCUUAUAAACAAAACAGCAGUCCUACCUUCAAAAGGAUUUUCCCUAGUGAAACAUGUGUAAUGUUAAAUGCAUGUUAAAUAAAAAUUGGAUUUUUUACUUUUUGAAUAAUGCUGAUUAUCUUUUAUUAAUGAUUUUGAAUGUCUUCUUAAAUAUACCCUAUUUUUCUAUUGAGCAGUUAAGUGCCUCAUUUGCUGCCCAUAGUUAGACAAAGAAAAACCAAUUUGCACUGUACUAGUACCAAAAUACUGCUUCCUGGUAUGUUAAUUUUUCAUAAAAGCUGCUGGAAUGUCAUGGAUCAGUAUUACCUAUGUAGGUUUCUGCUAACAUCCUCUGCCUCCUAUCUUUUUUUUUUUUUUAAAUAUUUACUCUUUUCUUUUUUUUUUUUUUUUUUUCUUUUUUAGUCGCAGCAAGUGGUAUGUAGUAUCUUUUUUUAAGUAAUGGCAAAACACAACUAAAUUCAUUUGAUCAUCAGCAUUUUCCAGCAGGAUUUCCUUUUUUACCUUUGCCUUGUUUUCCUAGCCCAUAAAUAGUAUUUAGCAUACCUUAUUAAAAAUUUGGCAGAAUAUGAUAAUUAUUCAUAUUCUGCUCUUCAUCUCUAUUUUAUCUAACUUUUACUAGUGUUUAGAAGUACCAGAAUAUUAAAUAGCUCCUUUCUUAAGUAUAUAGAUUAUCUUGAAUGUAAAUAGAAGGAAAAUAAUGUAAAUAAAAUGUAGGAAAACUGUGGCAUAGGCUUAGUAUAUUUUGAUGGGUAUACAAUAUAAUUUAAAAGUAAUUUAUGUGACUAAGAUAUUUGGUUUUAACUCGAUGGGCUAUUCAUUGGUCUGGCUGAAGAGGGAAUGGGUCUAAUAAAUAGGGAAUUUGAGCUUUGAACAUGGUAUUUGUGUUUUUUUUCUAACAGGAGAGGUUUAGUUUAGCUGUGCUAUUUACUUUACAUCAGUUCUCUUGAUUUAUAGAAGAUUCAGUUUUUCAAUUAAGAAUUUCAAGGGGGGAGGGGAGACAAGGGCAAUGUAUGUAACCUUAACGUUUGUGCCCCCAUAAUAUGCUGAAAAGAAAAAAAGAAUUUCUGCAGAAGCACAGAAUCACACAAUGUGAGAGUGGGAAGAAACCUUAGAGAUUUCUAUUCUAAUCUCUUUGUUUUAAAGAUGAAACUGAGGCACAGAGAAAUCAAAUGAUUUGUCUAAGGUUAUAGCUAGUUAGUAGUAAAUAAACCAUGAAAACUUACAUGUUACUGUAUUCCAAAACUUUAUUAUGCCCUCUCAAUUAAUCUUUACAUUUAGUGAGUCAGUGAGGAAAUCUCUCCAUAUUUUUUAUUCUCUUUGAAAGAGGAAAAAAACUUCUAAGAGAGCUACAACUCUACCACUCAAGGCAAAGGUGCUUGUAGAAAAUAAUUAAUUCUUUCAGAACCUUGAGUAAAUCUUCUCCAAGAAAUGUAAUUUGAUUAAAAUGGUUUUUAAAGAGCAAUAGUAGACAUUUAAAAUUUUAGAAAAGAAUAACUGCAUUUUAGAGUCCAUUUGUUGGAUGAUAGGCAGUAUGACAGGUUGCUGAGAUAUAUAAAAUUUUCUAGUGAAAUGCUAGAGUUUUGUUAUCUUCAGUUUUACAGGACAACAGAUGUUAAAGUUGUAAUUCUCCUGAUGUGCAUAAAGCUCUAAUCACGACAGUUGAUAAUGUACAAUUGAGUUUGGUUUUAUAAGUUUAAUUAUAAAAUAUUCCACAAUAUGCAUGUUUUAGGAAAAUGUUCAUUUAUUUAACCAUUUAAUUGUUUGUGUGUGUAGAUAUAUAUAUAUAAAAAUAACUUUAUUCUUGAAUAAUGUGGGUGCUAUUAUGUGUGUUUUUAUUUGUUUUGGAUUAUUUUAAAUAUACAAACACCAUGAUAGUGUAUUUUCCUGUUAUCUAUUAUAUUUAACACAAUUCUAGUUCCACUUUUUAUAAAUAUUUUCACAAAAACACAGGCUUAAGAUAUUAUAUAUCUCUCUUGGACCUUUUUUUGUGUAAAAUCUUAGAAUUGGAAUUAUAACAUUAAUAAUAUAAAAUAUAAAACUUUUUUUCCUGGAGAAUUAAGACACAGUAAAAAGAGGAAAAAAUAGAAUGAAUCUGAUCUGAUCAGUUUCCUAUUCAUAAAAAAAACAGACACUUCAUUGUUUAUUGUGUAUUUAUAUUUUGCUACAGUACCUUAUAAAGAGGUACUUAUUGUAUUAUACUGUUUUGAAUUUUACCAUUUUGCCUCUUUUUUUUUUUUUUUUUUUGAGAUGGGGUCUCAUAUGUUGCCCAGGGUAGCCUCUAAGAACUCCUGGGCUCAAGCAAUCCCCCCACCUCAACCUCUGGAGUAGCUGGGACUACAGGCGUGCGCCACCGCUCUGGCUUAAGUUUUAAAUAUAUGAUGCCCUCAUUUGGGAAGUGAACCAGAGAGGGUCUGUAAGGAACAUUGUACACAUUUUUAAUGAUACUGCUUUCACGGAUCAAGCUUACUGUGCCAUUAUAAAAUUAAAAGUGAAGUAAACAAAGCAAAUCCACACAGCCUUGAAUAGAAACAGACCAUUGUCUUUUUUAAAUGAAGUACUUUUUUAUCUAUGAAUAGAAAUCACACUAAAUUUUAAUUACUUUAUUGAUUUUAGAGGAUAGCAGGAAUCACUUGGUAGUGGUUUUGUUCAUUUUCUAAUUAAAUUUCUUUUAAUGUUUUGUAAUAAUUUUAAUCUUAAGAGUUUAAAAUAAUUUGAUUUUUGACUAUUUUUAAAUUUCUCUUUAAUGUUGUAGAAAUAGAUGAUUUAAAGUGGUUAUGGUCUGGUUUAUGAAGGCUUCAUAUUUUAUAUUAUACUUAUUUAGUUUGUAUUUGAGUCUCUCUGAUUUUAAAUAAAAGGUUUAUACAUUU